AUGCCAGUGGAAGACUCUGUCCUAACAAUCCGUGUCAUCAAGUCCUUUCCUUAUAGAAUCACUAAGAACCUUGUCCUGCAGCAUGUCAAUCUCAGUACGACAACGGUUGCCCAACUGAAAGAUCUGUCCAAGGAGGAAAUCAACACAAAGCCAGGCUGGAAAGUAUACAAGCACGUCAAGCUGGACACGCUUAAGCUAUAUACUAAAGCUCAUGGCAGCAAGACGACCAAUCUCAUCAUCAAUCUCGAUCAUGAUGACUGGAUCCUUGACGAUGGCGACGCUACGCUUGCCUCGCUUGGCAUCGAAAACGAAACGGAGAUUUCCUUUUUCAACAGAGAUGACUAUGAAGCAUUCAAAGCAGAUCCUACAGAGAAAUGGGUAUAA